AUGGCGACCAUAUAUUCUUCGCCUUCCCUUGUUUCCUUUCCCAAUGCCACGGCCCAACUCUUCGGCUCCGAAUCGCUAGGAGAAACAGUCUUUUUCAAGUACAAAUGGACCAUUCUUACGCUACUUUUAGUCACUCCUGGGUUUGUCAGAUUUCUACAGUAUCUUCUGUUCAAGGAUAAGCCACCCAAAGGCUUAAAACUUGUCCCUGGCCCUCCCAGCACCAUUCCCUACAUCGGUCGGGUCGACAUCGAUCCCAUCGCGCCAUGGAACUCCAUGAAGAAAUGGGCAGACGAGUACAAUGGCCUCUUCAGAUUAACGACGUGCGGUGAGAUGCACAUCUGGCUCGGGAAGGGCGAUAUCGCACAGGAACUUUACUGCAAACGAGCCGCUCAGUAUUCUUCACGUCCCGAGGUUGCAGCAGUGCCGGGAAGUCACAACAUGGCCCAAUAUCUGCCAUUGAUGGAGUAUGGGGAUCACUGGCGUAUGCAGAGAAAGUUCGCCCACACGUCAUUGAAUAUUGGGUACAACAACGAAUACUACGGCUACAUUCCUCUGGAAGCGAAGCGGUUCUUGUACAACCUCCUCAAAGACCCUCGUGAUCAUUACUCGCAGACGGAUCGCUUCUGUGGCCGCAUUUCGGCCCGCAUGUGCUACGGCUCUCCCAACUCCGCCGCCGCCCACUGCAAGAACGCUGCCGAAUUCAUCCCACAGAUUUCACCAUCUGCCAGCGGACCCCUGACCAACAUCUUCCCCUUCCUAGGACGUCUGCCCGAAUGGAUCAACACUUCCAAGAUCGCUUGCCGACAACGACGCGAGCGAGAAGAGCGCUUGUGGAAGGGACUCUUGAGACAAGUCCGCAACGAAAUGGACGCGGGCACAGCUGUAGUGUCGUUCGCGCGAUCAUACUUUGAGCGUAAGGACGCCGCGGAAAAAGGUGACGGCAAAGACUUUGGCUUUGACGAGCACGAAGCAGCAUAUGCGGUUGGUAUGCUCUGCACAGUCGCCAUCUUCACCAUCGGCGGCCCACUCUACAGCUUCUUCAUGAUGAUGGUCCUGCACCCGGAAUGGCAAGAGAAGGCCCGCGCCGAAGUCGACGCCGUCGUUGGUGACAACCGUAUCAUCGAGCUUAGCGACUCUCCCAACUUGCCUAUUCUCCGCGCAUGCAUCAAGGAAACUAUCCGGUACUUGCCUCCUGUCCCGCUUGGUGUUCCCAGACUCGUGACCGAAGACGACAGCUACGAAGGAUACUACAUCCCCAAGGGUGCCGUGGUGCAUGCGGUCGACAUCUCAAUGGCCCGCGAUGAGGAAAUUUACCCUGACGCCAAAACCUACAACCCUGGACGCUGGCUUGAGCCCGAAUUCCCAACCUACCAGGAGCCUCUGACCGUCUAUCCUCGCCUGCUGGGCUUCCAUGGAUUCGGACGUGGUCGACGCAUGUGCCCUGGUAUCGAGAUUACCGAGGCCGAGCUCCUGGUUGCUUGCGGUUCGCUUCUCUGGGCAUUCACCAUGAAACCCAACAAAGGUCCCGAUGGCACUCUUCAGUGGCCUGACCCGGCGAAGAGAACAAGCAAUGUUAUUGGUGGUCCGCUGCCUUUCGAGUUUGAAUUGAAGGUCAGGAGUGAGCAGAGGAAGGCUAAGAUUGAGGAGCUCGCGUUGGCUGCUAACAUCGUUGAGUAA